AUGUGCAUUAUUGAAUCCAAGUUGAGAGGCGAUUUACUUACUGGUCGGAAAUCGAAAGGUGUUUCUACGGCAGCGGUAGACUCUAUAGUCAUUGUUGUAUCACCUCUCAAUUCCCUGAUAAGUGACCAAAUAUCUGGAUUGGGCGUAACUGGAAUUAGAGCGUCUAUUGUUAAUACAAAGGAAGCAAAAUUGGAGCUUGAUUCAGAGACAGAAGAUAUCCAUGCUGACAAAGUUGUUGAUAUCGAUUUAAGUCAGUGGGAAGAGAACAAAUUACGCUACGAAUAUUAUCACAUUAUAUUUCCCCAUACAGAAAGUUUUAUUUCCUGCAAAUUCGGACGAGAUUUAUUGUCAAGCAAACAGUACCAAGAAUAUCUGGUUGCGAUUGUUGUUGAUGAAGCUCACUGUAUUGUAAGUGUCAUUUUUAGAGGCCUUCCUAAGGGAAGUGAAUUCAGAGAGGACUAUGGCAAGUUAGGGGUGUUAUGUGCACUCUUUCCAGAUGUUCCCUGUCUUGCCAUGACAGCAACAGCAAGUCGAGCAGACAUAAAUGCCAUUAUUGACUCCCUGGGGUUAAAAGAUUGUAAAUUAGUCAUUGGCAAUCCAGACAUAAAGAACAUUUUCUGCAGUAAAGUCUUUUGA